AUGUUGCUCUUCCUCCUCCUCCUCCUCGGCAGCCCCAGCAGCUCUGCAGCCGGUCCGGGGGUCACAGCCCGCACACUCUCCCCUUGCUACUCUGCCGACCUCAGACCAGCAUCGUCGAGCCUGGUCUCGGCCGUGGGCUGCACGGUGCUCCUGACAGUGCCACCCCUGAACACCAGCCAGGUUGUCUUCUGGGAAUACCAGUCUGGCCCAUGGGAAGGAGUCAUCCUCAGCUACACUCUGGAUGGAGCCACCAACACCUCUCGCCCCUACGAGAACCGUACCAGGUUCAAUGAGACGGACUCCUCGCUGCAGCUGGUGCUGCAGAAGGGUGAUGAUGGACUCUACAGGUUCAGCUCCGGCUUGGAGACCACAGACUGGUUCCAGCUGCGUGUGCUGGAACCGCUGCCCGAGCCAGAAAUCGUGGGCAACGUCUCUGUGAAGGCUGGGGGCAGCACCAAACUGGUUUGCAGCGUGCUGGGUGGGAAGGUGGACUCCUACUGGUGGAAGAAAAAUGGGGAGCUGCUGCUGGGCAGUGACCACAUCCAGUUUGUGGACCAUGGCACCUUGUGCAUCCUCAAAGCCUCCAUGAACGACAGUGGCUACUACACCUGUGUGGUCCGCAACGAGGUCAGCCAGAACGAGGCCUCCUUCCUGCUCCAUGUCCUGAAUUCUCCAAACGUGGUGCUGCCUGUGAUCCUGGCCUGCGUGGUCGUUGGCUCGCUGGCUGGUGUCUUUGUGUGGUGCAGGAGAAGAGGUCGCCAGCGCCUGUAGCUGAGAUGCCUUCAGCUCUCCUUCUGGAGCUGGCUCUGCCAUAGGUAAAGAGCUUCAGCAGCUCUGUCCUUGCUGCCUUCUCCAGUGGUGGUGGUGGUGGAAGAUGCUGCCUGGGGAGUGCCGAAUUGUCUGCUGCUGCCUCAACCUCUUCUGGGCUCAUCUCCGAGUUGCUCAAGCUGCUGAACCCCACAGCUCUCUCUGUCAGCCACCACCUUGGACUUGUAUGUUGUGCUGCCCUUCCCCAGGCCUUCUUGUGCAUCCCUGGGGCACAGGUGGGCAUGGUCCUGCCUGGUGACCCAACUACUGCAGUACUCCAGACCUCCUCCC